AAGAUAACCGAAGACAAAAAAACACGAUAAUGUAUAAUAAUGAAGUAUUUCCAAGACUUUGCCUUCCGAAAAUUGACGAAAGUGAUACCACGAACACGUUACAUCUAUAAAAAAAAGAAUAAUUUACUAGUGUGAGAAUAUACACAAGCGAAAAGAACAACAAAAAAAAAAAUGACUUCUUACGACGGUCCGAGCGCAGUUUACAUUAGCGAAGACGAAUACAACGAAUCGGACGAAUACUAUGACGUCACGCCUGAGCACCGACAGAGGAUGACAUCACGUGACCUCACGGAUUCUCCAGCUUCUUCCCACCAAUCACGUUCGUCUCUGAAGUCACGUGACCGUCCUCAAGGGUGGAGUCUUCAGUCAUUGUAUACAAGACUGAUGAAGACGUUUCAUCGAGCGUGGAAAGAAGUUCGAUUUAGCGGCCUGGAAGACCACGACCCGGACGACAUCGAGCUGAACGUCGUGCGCUACAAGCCGGACGGGAUCGACGCGCUCGCCAGGACCACCAAGUUCAGCAAGAAGGACCUUCAGCUGAUCUACAGGGGGUUUAAAGCCGAGUGUCCCAGUGGCUUCGUCAGCGAGGAGACUUUUAAAGGGAUCUACUCUCAGUUCUUUCCUCAAGGAGACGCAACGGCCUACGCUCAUUACGUAUUCAACGCGUUCGAUGUCGAGCAACAAGGGUCGAUCAGUUUUGAGGAGUUCGUGACGAUCCUGUCGGAGCUGUCGCGGGGCAGCGUGACGGAGAAGCUGCGCUGGGCCUUCAACCUGUACGACAUCAACGGCGACGGAUACAUCACCAAGGAGGAGAUGCUGGACAUCGUGACGGCCAUCUACUCGCUGGUCGGCCGCAACGCCAUCCCCGCCGUCGAGGAGAACACCACGCAGGAGCACGUCGACAGGAUAUUCGAGAAGCUCGACAUCAACGGAGAUGGAAUGGUGACUCUCGAUGAAUUUAUGGAAAUAUGCACGCAGGACGAGACCAUCGCCAACUCGCUGACGAUCCUGGACACGAACUUCUGACCCGAGGCCCCGCCCAGCGCCGCCGCCGCCGCCCUGCUCGCGCCCGUCGCCGCGCCGCAGGACCUCAACUGCAACAUGUAGAGGCGGCUCCCUCAGGCUGCCGCGCCUCGGGAGGAGCCACAGGGACAGGUCAUGGCCGCUGCGGGGUCAAAGAAGGUCACGAAGGCACACCUGGAAGUACCCCGUGGCACGACCGUCGUGUGGAGGUCCCUUGGGGAGGAUGGGGAGUCUGAGGGACAGUCAGCGUUGCCGACGUUUUUCAACGAAACGUUGAUCUGAGUUAGAAUGGGUCCACGUGACCCUAAAAGGAUAGCGACGUAA